AUGCCUGCGUUUGGUCAUAGAUCAACUAUCAGGGCCCGAGUCACUGUACGACGACAAUUUGUUGUCACAGUGGUAUGUCUGCGUGUGUACUCAACCUCCUCGUACACACGUGAUAACCACUUGCAUCCGGAUGGCACUGGCCGGCUACUACGCGCCAUACCUAGGUUUGCACAUUCGGGAGGGCUGGGUGAAGGAGCGUGUUGGCAGGCCUUGCGCCAAGACAUCUACAUAUCGUUGACCAGAAGUGUGGCACCGAGCUUCUGGCUUGAGCUGUUUGACCAGUCGUCAGCGUUCACGUUCCGUGACGAUGGAGCCUGCGCCAACGUGGUGGUGCUUCUCUUCGCUCAAAUCUUGAGACUUACCUACAGCACUGGCGACCAUGACAACAGUGGAGGAUGGGCACGUUUCAGGGCAGACGUGGAAGCUUGCAAUGACAGGAGACGCCGACUAAUCCAACCCAUCUACUACGAGGACUUUGACGUCGCCGCGAACCGACCAAUCCCGGUCGUCCACAUGAUCAGCCCACCGCAAGUCGCAGCGAUGCAGUACUACCACGCGUGCAAAAUCUUCCUGCUUAUGUACGCACCAGAGGCGGAAUCACUUACCGGUUUCUCAGCAGCGAAGCAGCGACGUACUCUCGAGCGCGACAUCACAGUCCACUUGGUCGAAAUCAUCGGCCUGGCUGAGUCAAAUCCUUUUGUGGAAGAUGCAAAUUUCACAGCCAUGCAUUUGCUCCGAGUUGCAGGCUACUGUAUUACUAACAGCGUGCAGCGGCAACACGUGCUCAGCUACCUGAAGCGAGUCCAGAAGACUAUGGGAUGGAGCACAGUGCCGACGAAGGACAUGCUUGAAGAGCAGUGGAACGAUCUCGAUUGGCCCAAUGAUUGA